AUGUGUGCAGUUGUUGUUGUUGUUGUAUGUUCCACAGUUAUCCCGUUAGGGAGUCACCGGUGGCGGGAGCGGGAGCGGGAGCGGGGCUGGCGUUGCCCGGCGUUGCCCGGCGUUGCCCGGCCUGGUUUGGCCGCGGUCCCCAGGGUGAUGGAGCCCGGCCACCGCGUAUUGUAGACACCUCUCGCCGGCCCGUGCCUCAGCAUCUGCAGAUUUGAGAAUCUGGAACAAACAACAAUGUUGGAGGAAUAUUGAAGAAGUUUACCUGUCUCUACGACGGGGGUUCGGGAAGCACCGUCGCACUUUUAGACUGAAAUGACAGCAACUGCACUUCGGAUAGGGGACCAAAUAAUCCUUGAAGAGGAUUACGAUGAAAACUACAUCGCUAGUGAACAAGAAAUCCAUGAAUAUGCCCGGGAGAUUGGAAUUGACCCUGAAACUGAACCAGAGUUGAUGUGGUUAGCCAGGGAAGGCAUAGUGGCACCUUUACCCCAGGAAUGGAAACCUUGCCAAGACGUCACAGGUGAUGUCUAUUACUUUAAUUUUGUAUCGGGCCAGUCAACCUGGGACCAUCCAUGUGAUGAGCAAUACCGAAACCUGGUUUCUAUGGAACGUGACAAACUGCACACUCCAGGUGGAAGCAAAAAGAAAGAAAAGAAAAAGAAGAAAGAGAAGAAGGAGAAGAAAGAAAAAGAUCCACUUAAUAUGGGAAGCCAGUUAGAAGCAGGAAUACUUCCUUCUCCAUCUUACUUUAGCGUAGCUUGCUCCUCUCAUGAUCCACUCCAUCAUUUUACAAGUGUUGAGUAUUUGCACAAUACUCAGUCUGAGGAUACAGACCAAAUAGAGGCUAGUGCCUCGCAGCCAUCUUUGAAGCCAGUGCAAUUCAAUAAAUGUAUAGCCGGUAAUUUCCUGAGUAAUCUACAACCUCUAAAAAGGGAAAGUUGUCAUCGAAAAAUAUUUUCAGAUGUUGAGAAAAUUCUAGGAAGAGCACUCCCUUUUGGUCAUAAACGUCUAGCUCGUGAUCUGUACAGACCAGAAGAAGCCAGAAUGGCCACUGAGGCAGGUAGAUUCUUGAGUUCCUUUGAAUCCAAUAUGGAUGGAGUAAUCUUGGACCAUUUAACAAAUAAAGAACCAGCUAACAUACCAAAGAAGCCAAUAGUAGAAUAUAAAGCUGCCGAACCUCGACUGUCUCACAACAAUAGAAAUUCAUUUGCACUUGAGGAGCAGGUAAUUGUAUUCAGUGACAUAGAAAAUAGCAAAUGUUCAAUUGAAAAUCUGCAGGAAGGUAAUUCAAUUCAGAAUAAUCAGCCAAUUGAUGAGAUGCCACAAAGUAAUAUAGAAGAAAACACGCGAACUGAACACACGCCAGAGUGCAGUGAAGGGUUUGUAGUAUUGCCAGUUUGUGACACGGAAAAUUAUUUUUGCCUUAGUGCUGAUAAUCAAAUAAUGCCAACGUUUGAUGUUGAGGAGCAGAAAAUGACGACAAAGGUACAAGCUAAUCAAUGCAAACUUAAUACGGUAAUAUGUGACCCCUGCAUGCCCGACACUAAAGCAAUAGAAAAUGGACAAAGCACAGAAUUAUUUGCAAAUGUAGGAUCAGUAAAUGCCACCCUUAAGCCAUUUAGCCACUUAAGUGAAGUCUUAACUGCAGGAACUUCUUGUGAUAAAGGAGACAACAUUAAGGGAAUAGUGGGCAAUCUUAAAAUUCCUGAAGCAAAUAUUUGUGAAAUCAUUUGCAAAAUAAUGACUGAGAAAGGGCAGGUAAACUCUCCGAACCAGAUUAAUGCUGAAAAUUGUUUGAAAAAUAAUGAGCCAAAGAGAGACAGACAAGGUGUAAAUGACAUCGCUGAACAGACUGAAGAUUUUAAGUCAGAGAAAAAUAUAUCGUUGAACAACAUAGAUGCUUUUAACCCUUGUAUUGAUCAGACCUUGAACCUUUCAGAUAAAGAAAUAGACUCAUUGCCCUCUUCAUAUUCGUCACUGAAACAAAAUCUUGCUAUUGCAUAUGAUAACUGGUGUAAAAUUCCAUCUCGCAAGAAAUGUGGAGAGUCGUCCUAUUCAGAGGAACAGAGAUUUUACCAGGAAAUACUUCAAAAAGUUAAAGCAAAUCGAGAAAAUAAAGACUUUUCUAAAAAUGCAGAGCACAUGACAAGAGGACUAACUCCUAAUGUAUACACAAAACAAAAUGAAGGUAUAGCUGAUGGCUUUGAUUCAUUUGUUUACAAUGAUGAGAAUCAACCCAUUCUUUCACCUACUUCACACUGUGAAGAAGAAAUUAUUAGAAUAGAUCAUGGAGUAGCGGGAUCAAUGGAAGAGCUGCAGGAAGCAGUUGAAUGUUCGGGGUCUGAAGAAGUAGCCUUGCAGAACCCCCAAUUUUGCCACCAGCCUGGCCAGAUUGUCCCAGCAUUGGCAGAACCAGAAAAGCCUGAUGGGAAUGCUGAUCAAGAAGCGUGUAACACUUCUAACCGGAGUCUUGGAACUGUGGAGCGACACAAAGAGAGUAAUGGAGAGCCAGCAGAGACGGCACUGAAUAUUCCACCGAUGCUGGUGAUGGCACCUCAAGGAAGCCUUGCUCCACUUCGUGGCCUUGGGGAGUUCUCAGCAAGUACGCUCUGUGGGUCAUUGGGCAAUACAUCUGCAACUACCAGGGGGCUGAUGAAGAGUUCGCUCGGAAGUCCUCCCACAUUUGGGAUCCCUAAAACAGGUGGCCUUACAAAAGGCAUCCUGGGAGCACUUGAAGAGAAGAUAUCCCUGAACCUAGCUGAUCUCAGUGAGGAUGAAGAAGACUUGAGUGGAGAGAAGAGUGGUCCCAAUACUGCUCAGCUUAUGAAAAACCUCCACUUAGACGUGGGAUCCCUUGGCAUUGGUUUUGAGUACGAGGAAAGUGCAGAAGCCGAUGAGGAUGCAGAUCAUGACCAUGUUGAUGAGGGGACUGAACCUGAGCUUCAAAACCUCCCGGUGUCUGAUGAAGAAGCGGAAAGUCAGAAAGAGGUGCUCUUUGAACUCAGCCAUGGAGGAAGUGAUCCUGGAAGUAUGCUUGACUCGGAGAGUCGCGAUGUUCAGCCCCCAACCCCAGACAAGUUAACUUCUGACAAAGAGGCUGAUGAUGAUGAUGACAACAUUAACUCGAAUGAAGAAAAGCAAGAAGCCAAAGGUGAAAGUGACACAGAUGAUGGUGUUCUAAUGAGACCUGUACAAGCGGGGCACUUGGGGCGUGCAGUGGCAAUUGAUGAAGCAGAAAGUGAAGAACUUGGAGCGGGAGAUAGUAGAUGCAACUCAGUCGAUGGCACAUCAAAAUUGUCACUGGUUGGAGAUGUGGACUUGAAGUCUGAACAUAAAAGUGAGGAAGACCCUAAAAUGACCUGUGCUACUGAACAGCCAAAUGAUUUAGAAACAGAAAUUGAUAAAUGCAACGGACAAAACGAAAGGGAUAAAAAAUCUACAAUGCCUUCCAAAACUCAUGAUGAACCACGUAAUCCACCUCAAAAGGACUCUGAACCCAACCAACAACUUAAAGAUUUGCGGGCUUCUGAAGAAUCGGAUGAAAUCGAUAACAAUUUUGAGGAGGAAGAUACCAAGGAGCUAAAUCUUGAAGAAAGAAGGAAAAGAGCAGAACCUUCUGAAAGAUACACUCAUCAGGAGCAUCUGAAGGACAAGAGGCUACUGCAGUCACAGAAGUCUGAGGUGGAUUCCUGUGGCAAGUUGAACAAAGAACCGGUAAAGGAAAAAAAUCAGCUGCUCAAAAAGAGUGAGGAGCAGCUUUGUAAACUCAGGCAACAGGAGGAAGUGGAAGUGCAGCAAAUGUAUUACGGCAAAGAAGAAAGGCUCAGGUUACUAAAAGAAAAACUCAGGGUUGAACGAGAGGAAGAGGAGACACGACUGAAAGAAGAGCAGAGCAGUGUGUUGCUUAAACUCCGAGACCAGGUUAAAAAUGAAAUUGAGAGAACAGAGAAAGAAAUAAGGGGAGAGGAGGAAGAAAAGUUGCUGCAGCUUAGAGCACAAGUGAAAUCAUUAUUGACAACUGAGCAGCAAAAUUCAGAAGCUGAAAAGCAUGCUCUUGUCGAGCAGCUGAGGAAAGAGAUGGAUGAAACCCUAAGGAAAGAGAAGAUCCUGCUGGAAGAGAAAAAAGUGGAGGCUAUUCGUGAGUUAAGGCAAAAGUUUAAAAAAGAAACAGAAGAGGAACUGGGAACACUCAAGAACAAACACUCGAUUGACCUUCAGGGUUUGAAAAUGACAGCUGAAGAAAAGCAUCAAGAAGCAAUUUUCAGUCUCCAGAAACAGAUCACUGAUGCCCAGAGUCAAGAGAAAGCUCAGGUGCAGGAAGAGCUCUAUAAAGUACAGAGAAAAAUGCAACAAGUCGCAGACUAUGAGAAAGAGUUAAGUGACUUGCUGAAAGAAAAACGUGAUGACGUCGAAAAGGACCAUGAGAUGAAACUGGAGAAGAUUAAAGAAGAGCAUCAGCAAAUCAUGGACAGAAUUAGAGAAGAAUAUGAAGAAAAGGAGCAAGAGCAGAGAAGUAACCUUCUAAAGCAGGUGCAGGAAGAGCACGAACGCCUGACUAAGUUUCACGAGCGGGAGAUUUCAGAUCUUCGUCAGGAGCUGGAGAGGCGACUCAGUGAGUUGAGAAAGUCGUAUGGAAAAAAAGAAUCGAAGGUUCAGAAGUCCGAGGAGCAGCUGGAGAUGAGAGGCAAAGAACUGAAAGCCAAGUGCAAUCUGCUGCAAAAUCAGGAAAUGUCAUUGAAACUGAGGAAGCAACAGCUCUGUGCAGAGGAAGAUGAGCUGCAGAGAGACCAAGCUAAAAUAAUUAUUUCCCAACCAAGUAAACACGAAGUAGAAAAAGCAAAACAAGAGCAGUCCACUUUGCAAGAUUCAAUUCGCCUGUCCCUCCAGAACUUGGACAAGCUACAGGGCCAACAGGUGGAACUGCAAACAGAGGUCGACACACUCAGAAAUGAAAGCCAGCGACUUCAGAAUAGAAUCAGUGAAUUGGAAGUGACAAUUAAAAAGAAGCAAAAUACCUUAAAUGAAAAACCUGUAACCAAUGGAGCCUCCGGUGGCGCAGAAGGGGAUGAACUUCAUAUUGGGGAUUUAAAGAAGGAAUACCCGAAUCACAGUAGCUCUCCCAUUCCCAAAACUGAGGAUGAACAAGUCAGCGUGGAUAAUGUACGAUACUAUAUCUCCGCGGAAGGGCUGUCUAUCAAUAAAGCCAAGGAGUUCCUCGUGAAACAGACCCGCUCCCUGCGGAAGCGGCAGACAGCGCUCAAGUCAGCCAAGCAGCAGUGGAGGCAUGACAUGAGGAAAGUACAAGACCAGGUGCAGGACCCAGAGAGCUCACAGAUUCUGCAGGAUGUCUGGAAAAACCUGGAUCAGGAAGCCCGGCAUCUGGAUGAGAUGAAGUUAACGAUGAAGAAGGGACAGGAGUUGCUACGAAAGAAGGAAGAAAAAUUAAAUCAGCUGGAGUCGUCUUUUGCAGAAGGGUUUUCAGAUGAAGACUCGCCAAAAGCCACAGAGGGCAAGAAAGCUGUCACCUUUGACCUUACAGAUUCCGAUGAUGUCAGCAGCAUGGUCAGCAUUGACUUUCCUCAGCAGAAAACAGAGUUGAUGUCAGAGUGGCCCUUUGCUCAGCAUGCCAACAUGCAGUACCUCAGCGAGUCCAUUCAGAAAAUUACGUACGACCUUAACGGUGUACUUUCUGUUCUCGGAUCAAUGGGAAUGCAGCAAUCGCCGGUUUUCUCCACAGCACAGGCUUUUACCGUCCCAGCUCCUGGAUGCAGUUUGCCUCUGUCGAUGUAUGAUUCCCAGACGAGUGGGUCAUUGUUUGCUCCCAACACCGCUCCCUUGUCUUCGCAAUGGACCUGGAACAGAGGCACAAGUGCCCCAUUCCACCAUCCAGCUGCUCAAUCUCUGGACGAUGCGUUAAGUGAGAGGUGGCGCAAGUACUUCCCAGGAGGAAGACCAACCCUCAGUGGAAAACCAACACCUACUGAGAGCGGGUUGGGAUAUGUUUCUGCAAGCGACCAGGUGAAGUUGUUCCAUCAGUCCCACUCUAAAAUGCCACAAAAGAAUGGUCUUUCUAUUCAAGAAGUAAUUGCAGCUAAUAAAAAGUGGUUGGAAACGUUCAGAAAAGACCCAAAAAUGUCUCUGGUGGCAGCAGCAAACUCCUCCCCCUUGAUGGAAGGUCUCAUCCAACUUGGACUGGAUGAAAACAACCAAAUCCGAGUCUACCAAUUCUGAAACGUUCAGGACUCCUCUCAUAGCAGCUUCACUGAUAUUUAGACGGGUGCAGUGAGAAUGUGACGCGCUGUGCAAACCAGCCUUAGGCUUCUGAAUGAAAAGUGCUAUUUGACAAACUAUAAUAGUAUUUAACUUGAAUCUGUUAUAGUUAGCAAUAAAGUAUUUUCUAUCCAAUAUUUUUCUAUGUAAUCCAGCUAAUUAUUUUUUAGCAUGUUAUGUGCAAUAUACCAAAAACUCUGGUGUAGUUCACCAUGCUUUCAGCCAAAGCUAUAACUAAUUAAAGUGUGCAUAAAAUGCUUUAUUUAUUUUCAAAUUCAA